CGGCGCGCGCCGGCCGCACUCGCGCGCCGCGCUUCGCAUCAAACCCACGAUCGAACGACCGACGCCGACGCCUGCGCCGGUGUCGUAUUACCGCUCUAUAAAUAUCCCGCGAGCGCGAUCGCCUAUUUCGAAACGGUCCCGCGGCGUGUUUUGAACCAGUGAUUGACAGUGCCGAGUGAAGAAAACCUUUCCGAUCGCCCCUACCGCCCCCGACAUGGCACAGUUGAUAACUGUGCGGCUGAAUAAGUCCGACCACCAGCCUCUGGGUUUCCGGCUGCAGGGCGGCAAGGACUUCGGCACUCCUCUAGUCGUUCAAAAGGUGAACGGCGGCAGUGCGGCAGAGCGCGCGGGACUACAGGCUGGCGAUGCGCUGAUCCGUGUCAACAACAGCGACGUCUAUAACCUCCGCCACCAGGAGGCUCAGGACACCAUCCGCGCUGCGGGUACCACACUUGAACUCACCGUACAACGUGGUGGUAGUACGUGGCGUCCAUCAGUCACUCCAACUGGCAGCCUACCCAGGCCUGGUUCUCGUGCUUUAGGCGCUACCCCGAUUCCCGUCACCAACACGUCUCUUAAGGCGACAUCUCAGCCUUCGCGUGCUUUUGGCUCCGGCCACAACAACGUCGCCAAACCUUUUGGCUAUAUGAAUGGCAGCGAUAAUGUAAAGAGCAUUGUUAACAAGCAGUACAACACACCCGUCAAAAUGUACAGCGACCAAACUAUCGCUGAAACUCUUUCCGCGCAAACAGAAGUCCUGGCUGGAGGUGUUCUGGGAGUGAAUUUCAAGAAAAAUGAGAAAACAUACGACGCAGAAAAGAGUGCCGUUUUCAAGGUGCUUCAAGAAGAGCAAAACGACCCUGAGCCAGAACCGUCUCACUUUUACUCGCGGGCGAGCGUGGCGCGUGCGGGUACACCGUGCAGCCUUCAUCGCACGCAUCGUUCCCGCUCGCGUACACCGCGUGUGAUGAGCACGCCGCAGCCGGGCACAACGCCUCAGCCGCCACCAAUGGCGCCGCGUGCCUCCACUGGAACGCAAACACCUGCACCGCCGGCAGAGCAGUUGGCGCCCGAACCGAUGCACCGACCCAGCCUCCCGGUGGGCUGUCACCAGGCGCUGCCUGACGGUCGCGUGGCCCUUGGUGCACCCGCGCAGCCGCAGCCCGACGUUGGUGCGCUGCCCGUUGUCAACGACACCCCUUACUGCUCCGAGUGUAACCGCUACAUUAUCGGUGUGUUCGUGCGCAUUAAAGACAAAAACUUGCACGUGGAGUGCUUUAAGUGCUCGACGUGCGGUACGUCCCUCAAGAACCAGGGCUACUACAACAUCAACGCCAAGCUGUACUGCGACAUUCACGCUAAGCUGGUUGCACGCCAAAACCCGCCUGCGCCCAACCUCGAGCCGGUCACCGUGCCUCCUGGUAGUCGCGUUCCGAGCAACACUUAUUCUACUCCGUUGCCACCCCUUGCCACAAACAACUACACAAAUGGUUCGUCCUCUCUCUUCAGCCCGUCAAGUAAUUUGUCGGGGCCGAAACCAUUUGGUUCGUCAAUUGGAUCAGCGUACUCGCCCUCGCUGUCGCCGCGGUCGGCGCCGUUGUCGCCGGCGCGUCCGGUGACAGCGCCAGCGCCCUACAAUCCAUCGGCGCUUGCGCCCGCUCCCGCGGCGCCCUACAUGCCCGCAGCCGCACCUGCGGCACCUUAUGCGCCCACUAACGAAACUCAGCUCUCGAGCAGUUCGAAUAAACCAAAAUUCAAGAGUCCAGCUGAAGAGAGAUUAAUCCGAAAAAUGGCGAAGACAGCUUUAAACGGAUAUGAGAUAGGCAUACAAAGGAAAAUCAAACCGGCGGACAACAUACAGUCGAUGGCGGAAAAAAUUCAAGAUACGGUCGUCACGAAGCAUCCCUUGAAUUCUGAUAGUUUGUCGUCUGGUGAGAGCAGUCGAGAAAAUACUUUAAGACGACCGCUACACAAAAACUUCGAGAGAGGUUACAAUGCCAUGGACAGCAUUCAAAGUAUUGGAGACAAAAUCAAAGACACAAUAAUAAGCAAACAUCCUGCCGGUGUUAACUUUACAAACGGGAAUUCGUCUAUACCACUUCCACCGCCGUUACCCACUUCUCCAAUACCAACGUACGACGUUCACAGCACACCGAUCGUAACCACGUCUAUAAAUGCUAACACAAUGAAACAAACUGACUUUGCACCCAAUAAUCUGAAUCAUAAUUUAGUACCUGACAUGCAAAUACACUCGACGAUAAAUAAAGAAAAACCCUAUAAUAGUAGCGGUUAUUCAAGCAGCGAUGAUUCGAAUAGAGAAAAAAAUGAUGACAGUUACACUAAUACAUUCCGAAAGGAAAAUGGAUUAGAAAAGGCUUCCUCAGACGGUAUGAAUAUCCAUUAUAUCCCGGAUUAUAAGCCCGAUAAAAAAAUCGAUAUAAAUUGCUCAAAUACACUGAAAAAAAGAAAUUUUUUUGAAAAAAUAGAAGCAAAUAACGGUUCUAAUGCACAAACAAAAAACGUUAACAAGGCAAAUGAUUCCCGUAAUAAUAUGUUAUCAAAAACAAAUACGUUGAAAAAGCCAAGCAUGUUUGAAAAAGAUAUUAAAAUAGAAAAUGGGAACAAUAUCUCAAAAGAUGAAGAAGACGGAAACAAACAAGGACCACCUGCCAACUUACUUGACAAUUCAUUAUACACUUUUAGAAGCAAUGGUACUUCAAAUUUGAUCCAAGAACGAGAUAAGGGUUUUGGAAAAGAUAUACAAAAUGAGAAAGAAGUCCAUAACGAUUCCGAGUCAGAAGUAGCUGUCAAACAUCGCCAGAAAAAAGUGGACAAAAAUGAUGAUGGCCGAAGAGAUUCAUGCCUUAUCGCUCGUCCUAAAUCAACAAUGACAUUUGUCGAUGUAGCGGAAGGAAACUAUCCCAUUUGCCACAAAUGUGACAAAGCUAUAACGAGGGGCCCCUUCAUAACGGCUCUUGGCCGUAUCUGGUGCCCGGAGCACUUCAUCUGUACCACUCCAUCGUGCAGGCGUCCCCUACAAGACAUCGGAUUCGUUGAAGAAAACGGACUACUCUACUGCGAGUACUGCUUCGAACAAUAUAUCGCCCCAGGUUGCGAUAAAUGCCAUGCCAAGAUUAAAGGCGAUUGUUUAAAUGCUAUCGGAAAGCACUUCCAUCCAGAGUGUUUCAACUGCGUAUAUUGUGGAAAGCUGUUUGGUAACAAUCCCUUCUUCUUAGAAGAUGGUCUGCCUUAUUGUGAAGCAGACUGGAAUGAGCUGUUUACAACGAAAUGUUUCGCCUGCGGGUUCCCCGUGGAGGCGGGCGACAGGUGUGCAAGAAAAACCUCGAAGGACAGAGCUUCUUCGCAAAGGGAGGUCGACCUUUCUGCAAGUCUCACGCCCGCUAGUUGUCCCCACCAUCAGAUAAUAUACAACUCUGACACUGUUUAUUCGACUUCUACUUUCCGCCCGGUUUCUCCAUUUCUCAACAUGCCUCCAACCGGGCCCACACAUUCCUCACCACAAAGAACGAGGAAAUUGGAAACGCCUCUCCACUUAGAUGGAGGGUUGUUUUCCGAUAUUAGAAGCGCUGACGGUAAACUAUUGAGCAAAGUGACCAUAGACAGAGUUCACAGCUCCACACGCCACGACGUUACUGACGAACCUAGCGUGUACGAGAGCACGGGCUUGAACGGAAACAAGGACUUCGUAGAUGAUCUUGUGAAAACCGAAACCAUAACAAAUGAGGACGUCAUUAAAGUCAAGUUUACUCCGAUUCCCCCUGAGUUAGACACUCCGCGUUUAUUAACCCCAUCGCAGUUCGUGCAAGUUCAGACUAACGUAGUAAAACCUACUGUUGAGUACAUCAAAGAUAAUUUCGAAGAUUUACAAAGUUAUAAAAUUGUAAGCUCUUUAUAUAAAGAAAACAAAUUUGAAUCUGGUCAACAGAAUAUAAGGGAGAGAAGUUUCGACACUCUGAGUAUUAGCGAGCCCGGCAAAAGAGCUCCUAGUCCACUAGCUAACGUCUUUGUUUCCGAACAAUUGACUAAGAUAGACAAUUACUUGCAAGAGAGUUUGAAUGCUUGUUCCACGGGGGAUAAUAAAGGGCGAUUCACACCAGUCUUGGGUGCUGGGGAGACUAAAUUGGAAACUGCAGGAACCCAAAGAAGCGAAUUGUUUGAGGAGAAAAGGUAUUUUUACGAAACAAGUUCCACAAAUACUCCGAUUGAUUUGGCAAGUCAACAAAUUGGUGAAAGAACCAGUGUUAACCGCACUAAACCUGUUAUUACAAAUUCGGGAACUUCUCUUCAAGAAGAUGUAAUCAGAAGGAAAUCCACAAUAAACAGUGUCAAAGAAAAACAACCGGGAGUUAUUAGUGCUAUUUAUAAUAUGCCAAUUCAUUACCACGCCGCGAUUUUAUGUUUCUUAUUAAUUGUAUAUAAUCUUGUGUAUCAGUACAUUAAGCACAACUGUCAUGGUAAUAAGAAAUGAAUAAAAUGUUAUUUAAUCAAAAUUAUAAAAAUUAUUUUAUAGUAAAUGUGUAUACAUAUAAAACUAGUCAAUGAAUUUAUAAAAAUAAAUAUGAAAUAAAAUAUAAUCUUUUUUUGGAAAUUUUUAAUCAGUGUUGACUUCGUUUCUUUGUACCAUGUAAGAAGAUGUAAAUAAUUAGUUUCAGGGUCACGUAAUUAAUUAAUCUGCUGUCUGUGUACCGAUAAUAAUUUCUGAUUAACAAUUUGGUGCUUAACAUUACCAACUACAAGCUGCUCGCAAUAUUGUGAUAUUUCACAUUUUCCUCUAAUUUUAAUGCAAGGCUUUGUAUACAGCUUCCGGAAUGUUGCCGUACACUAUUACUAACAAAAACAGUAGUUAGUAAUGAUUACAAGUUAUUAUGGGGCUGAAAUUAAAAAGAAAUGUUUGGUGCACCAACUGGGUACAUUAAAAGUAUUUUUGUCUAUUUGGAAUUUUUAUCAAACACUUGUAUUGUGUUAUGUAAACUGAAAUGAAAUGAAUGAUUAUGAUACGAUUUGUAAUUUUU